CACUGCAUUUCUUUUUUGUCUUUCUCUUUGUCUUGGGCAGAUUGCUAGAGGAGUAAGCCGGUGUUCUCCUUCAAGCCACUGGAGCCCAAAGAGAAGCCAACUUAAAUAAUAAAAUAAGCAAAGAGGGACACACAUCCACUUUGUGAGUCCCACCGUUGCUGCUCCAAUCCAGCACUUCGGACCUCAAAAGUCUCAAGAUGAUGAGGGUCAUCUGCUUCGUCCUGGCUUGCCUCUAUCUGGCUUCGUUUUGCGAUGCAGAGAAAGGGCUGCAGUUUCCUAGUUUUGAUGGGAAGGACCGUGUGAUUGACAUUGAUAUGCAGAAUUACAGAAAAGCCUUCAAAAAGUAUGACAUGCUUUGCCUCCUGUACCAUGAGCCCCCACCUUCCAACAAGGAGCGGCAGAAGCAGUUUCAGAUGACGGAGCUGGUGUUGGAGCUUGCUGCCCAGGUCCUGGAGAACAAAGGAAUUGGAAUUGGAAUGGUGGAUUCAAGAAAAGAUGCUAAAGUGGCCAAAAAACUCGGUCUGGAGGAGGAAGGAAGUGUGUAUGUAUUCAAGGAAGACAAUGUCAUUGAAUUUGACGGAGAGCUCUCUGCUGAUGUUUUGGUUGAAUUUCUUUUAGAUCUGCUGGAAGAACCAGUAGAUCACAUCAACACUCCUAAUGAACUGCGGGCCUUUGAGAACAUUGAAGAGGAGAUCAAGCUAAUUGGAUAUUUUAAGAAUGAAGAGUCAGAACACUAUAAGGCAUUUGAAGAGGCAGCUGAGCAUUUUCAACCCUACGUAAAAUUCUUUGCCACAUUUGAUAAAGUUGUUGCAAAGAAGCUGACGUUAAAAAUAAAUGAGGUGGACUUUUACGAGCCUUUUAUGGCGGAACCUGUCACAAUUCCUGGAAAGCCACUCACUGAAAAUGAUAUUGUGGAAUUUGUAAAUGAGCACAAAAGAGCUACUUUAAGAAAGUUGAGGCCAGAAGACAUGUUUGAGACUUGGGAAGAUGACAUGGAAGGAAUACACAUUGUUGCCUUUGCAGAAGAGGAGGACCCAGAUGGCUUUGAAUUUCUGGAGAUCCUUAAGGAUGUUGCCCGAGAUAAUACCAAUAACCCUAACCUCAGCAUUGUGUUGAUCGACCCAGAUGACUUUCCUUUGUUAAUUCCAUACUGGGAGAAAACCUUCAAAAUUGAUCUCUACAAACCACAAAUCGGUGUGGUCAACGUUACUGAUGCGGAUAGCGUAUGGAUGGAUCUUGCAGAUGAUGACAAUUUACCCACAGCUCAGGACCUGGAAGACUGGAUUGAAGAUGUCUUGUCUGGCAAGGUAAAUACAGAAGAUGACGAUGAUGAAAAUGACAACAACAAUGAUGAAGAUGAGGAUUAUAAUAAUGAUGAUGAAGAUAAUGGUGAUGAUGAUGACGACGAUGAUGAUGACGACGAUGAUGACGACGAUGAUGAGGAUGAUGAUGACUAAUUAAAAAAAAAAUGCUAUUAUACAAACAGCAACACUUAUCCUUUACAACAAAUCCUGCUGCUACAACAUAAGAGUCUUCUGCCACUGGCAUGAAGUUUUUAAAAAUAUUUUAUCCUGAUAGUUUUUAUAGUUAUAAAUUUACUUUGUACAUUUUCGUACUUUAUCAUCUAUGACUCCUGCUGCUAAAAAAAGUGAGUGAAAUAAAACAAUUAUCAGCUCAUCCAAAGACUAUCAAGCAGGCAGAUUGCUGAAACUGAUAUUCGGUAUGUUUACACCCGGAAUAAACAUAUUGUAGCAUAAUUUAAAGACUAUAAUAUUUACCAACAAGAAACUAUACAGAAAGGUGAUAAGGUGAGGGAAAAAUUAUUGUAUGUUUUUAUUCUAUUUAAUUUAUUUUCACACAAUAAUUCACAGUUAUGCCACACUCUAGAAAAUCAUUAUUUGCCAAUGUAAAUGUUAAAGAAAUAUCGGGACGGUAUAAAUUGUAAAAAUAAUAAAUAUCAGAUGCAUAUGCCUUAAGACAGACUUCUAGAAUUUUUACCAUACAGUUUCUUGAAGUUUUAUACACUUCAUUUAGGUCCAGUGGUUACUGUGAUGUGUUAUUUCUCAAUUGAAUUGGUGCAUUUCUUUCCAGUAUAUUUACCUUUGCCAAGUGACGUUUUGUUCAUUUUAGUCUGCAGAUUGGAUUUAUUCUAAUGAUUAUUUUUCAGUGUGCCCAUGUUAAAUGUUUACUUCUCCUUUUUGGAGUUUUUUUUUCUUUUUCAUUCAGUUACAUAUCUGUAUGUUCUAACUACAGAUGAUUUAAUAAUUAUGCAUUUUAUUUACAAUCAUACAAUCUUACUGUCAUCGAAUAAAUAGCUACCUGAGAAUAACUGUACUAUUGUGUUAAAAAGUGUCCCUCUUAUUCUUGAGUUGUCUUCCCUUUCAGUCAUUUGGCUUGUGUUGGAGUUCAGUCUUUUCUUUAAAUGCUUGUUUCUAGUCAUUAAAAUGGCUCUUCUUGUCAAUGACCGUAAAUGCUGUAAUAAAAAGACCUAGUAGUUAUUUUAUUUAAACAGCA